ACGGUUCGAUAAAAAUCAGUCGUCGUUCGGCUGAUGCGUUGAGGGGUUCUCGUUUCGCUCGUGUUUCACCGAGUAGUGGAGCAUCACGGACAGUCGCGUCGUGACACGGUCGUUGUGAUUUCCGUGGGUCUUUACAGCGAGCAUACAUCUGGAAUCCGGAGUGCGGAUUUGAAUAGCUAGUGAAUGAUAAAUGGUGGCCACCAGCAGCAUGGUAUAUGAGGAGAUAGUCGGUAUACGGGGCAGCUGACCCCAGCCGCCGCGCACGCUUUUCACGCGCGAGAUGCCCCACAAUCUAAACUCAGCUUCCGCCAAUUCCGCCAACACGGGACCGAAUCAUCAAGCCUAUCCUCAGCAACCGUAUCAUCGGGAGAACACAGAUGAACUCCAGCCCGAGAAAGAACCGGUGGAAUUCGACACGUCGCAUUUGCGAGGUGCUCCAGCGGAAGUCGAGGCGUUGGUACACAAUAUCAAGGAAGUGGCCCAACAGUUCCUCUAUCAUUGGCGAACAUUCCCCAUCGUCCUGCCGCCACCGUUGUCUUCUUGUACGGAGGGCGAUGACACAUUGGCGCGCAAGAAAUAUCAUUUGAGAGAUCUCUUUGUGGCACCUAGCUUUGACGAACUAGACGCUGUCGCCAUGGACAGCAAAGGCGAGCCCAGAAGACUGACUAACAAGCAGCUGGAGAGUAUCAGGGAGCGGGGCUUACAUAAGGAUAAAUACGGAAAGCCGAAGAAGCUGAAUGCCACUCAAUUGGAGAGCAUUCGAAGAUGCGGGGAGUUUGAAGUAGACUCGAUCAACUUCGCCGGGCAGACUCAUCGAUGGCGAUUGAGUGGUCUUCUGCAGCGCGGUCGGGACAGACGGCGGGAUACGUUGCUCACGGAUCUCGCUCUGGCGACUAGGUUUCUCGUCGUAACGGCAAAGGCUAGAUUAGUUUCCCAUUGCUUCAGUAUCUCGCAAUCCCUUAAAGCCCUAUUCACUGGACUGUUACGACUUCUGGACAUUAUAAUCGGCGUACCGUCGCUUCAGGCGCACAAUUUAGACGCUAAAAUUCGAGAGGAGCGCUGCCGGUACCUGGUGGCGGAAUUGGUAUGCAGGUCGGAAUAUGAGGAUUCUUUAGAACUGCUAUGCAGAUUCAUACGGAAACAACUUCGUCGGGCGACCACGGAGAAGUUCGAGGUAGAGAGAGAAUCGUCCCAGCUAUUGCCCGUGUCAGUUCCUUUUGUAUUUGGAACACCUGGUGGUGCCGCGGUUGAUCUCAGACUAUUCAACAGGGAUAUAAUCAGAAAAGCUUUGCCGACGCUCGUUGCUAUUCUGGAGAGAGAGACAAGAGGCUGGUUCCUUCAUUUUAGGGAAAGACUGAUAUCUGAAUUACGAGCGCAAAAGAAACCGGAUGAAGAGAUAGAACGAGAAGUCAACGAGGCGGUCAUGCGCGAAUAUUUGCAACGAGUGUACUCUAAUAUUUUGUCGCAUCCAGACAUACUCGCCCUAGGCGAGGGAAUUGCGCAACUGCUUGUCCAACAGGCACAAUCAGUCGUACUGAUGCAUCGCGCGGUAGAGAACGUACAACGGAAGCUGACACAAACCAAAGAAUCCCUGCGACGUCGCAUCGAAAGCGAGCAUCCGGUUUUAUCGCGGAUACAACCUUGGAUGCGCGAUCGUAUGCGAGAAGCCGAGGAAAAUUUCAUCGAAGAGUGCGAGUGGAGUGCACACGAGGAAGCCCUCGCGCUAUGUAGUCAUCAGAAUCUCACGCAGACCGUAUAUUUCCUUAAUCGUGAUUUAACUUUCAUGAAGGAGAGGGAACCAGUUCUCCUAAAGGAACUACGGAAGGUUAAAACUCCAACGAGAACGUUCCAAUGGCCAACGCAGAUUUGGCUGCCAAAGAACUGGAUAAUAAGACGCAACUUCCAGGGCCAGUCUGAGAUCAUACCAACCGUACUAAGCAACACACCGACUUCCAUCACGACGCCACGCGCUGAUCCCAGCCAACCUGUCUUCUUAGUUGAGAGAGAAAUUUUGCACACGACUACAACAAGGUGGCCAAUGUGGCGCUGGAUAAAUUAUAUCGCGAGAACGUGGUGUUGGACCUGGAACGCAAUGUUCCUGUUGGGCGUGGCUGUACCGUGGUGUAGCCCGGUCUCUUUCCGUGCUCUAUUGCUGGUACAACCAUUUACCCCCGAUCUGGAAUUGAGCCAAUUGAACGGAACAUUAUUUCCGAGGAAAUUGUCACAGAUGCCUACUCUUUCUUCUCGAUUGAUAGCACUUUGGAGGCAUAUCAGUAAAAGUCGAACGCACUUUGAAACUGAACCGGAUACAGGAUUUAUCGGUAAGGGAAUGACCAGACACCUGAACAGACUAUGGAAUUACGGUGUGAAAGGUCUGCUGGGCACGCUCAUCAUCCUUUUCGUGUUUCCUGUGGUGUGUGUUUUCGCGAGUGCCAGUUCGCUCAUUAUUGCUCUCACCGCGGUCUUGUGGAUGCCUCUGGUCACACUGGCAUUGCACGUAUUCAUGGCACUCAUAAUGGACCUGGAUAGUCCCGAGCCGAGUCGCAAUCGGUAUCUCGUGGUGAUGGAAGCAUUAGUCUGGAAUAUCGGUAUUCAAGGAUGUCUGCAACCGAUAGCAGCACUGUUCGUAGCCGUUGUUCUAUGUCCCAUCAUUUCGUUCGUGAUACUUACAAUUGCUGUGAUACGUUACUGGGUCAGAGUGCUUUGGGAUACGGCCAUAUUCCAUUUAGUGAUCAAAAAUAGAGGCCGGAUACCAGCGAGUGACAGUUUCGUUGUAAAGAGAAUAGCAGGACCAGGACUAGCUUCGGAUUAUUAUUAUCAAAUAAGAGCAGAACAAGCGUUGGCCGCGUUCGAGGCAAAAUUGGAACUGGACGAAUUGCUGGCUUUCCAGCAAGAAACGGAAAGACUCAUCACUCAACCGCAAAGAGAUUUCACUCAAUUCGUCGAAGCCUGUUUCGGCCCAUUCGCUGCGAGUCUUGCCAAAACAAAAGAUCCGUACAAAUCGCUUGAGAAAGAAGCCAAAGAUUUGAUCGCUGUGUUACAUGAGAAACUGGAUCGACGAAGAAAGAACCUGCAAACGGGUCUCGGCGUCGCGGUGAGGAGCAAAAUAAAAUUAACUACUUUCGAUUUAAAGGUGGUCAUACAGCAAGGAGCGCUAAUGUUGGAACGUCUCUAUCCUAGUCACGUUUUCGCAAGACUGCUUGGCAAUGAGGAAGAUUUCUGGGAGAACAAAGGUUUAGGAAUGUGCGAUUGGGCGGGUUUAGCCGGGCUCAUGUAUGCCGAUAUCUUUGGCCUGGACUUUCUUCAACCGCUCGACGAUUCAGACACGAAAUUCAGAUUGGAACCACAUCCAGGUGUCGACUUGUUGCGUUACACAGACAUGGUGCACAGCACCGAGCUCGGCGGCAUUAACGGGCCGGAUUUACUCGGUGCCGUUUACGCGCCGCGGGGCAACAUUCAAGUGCACAGUCCGUAUCUCGAGGUAUCGGCUUUCAAUCCGAGAGCUAAGCAGACCAGCAACAGCAGAAAAUCUGACAAGCGAUGCGAUACCAGCGGACUGCUAACAUCAACAAAGAUACGUAGGCGUACUAUAACAAACGAUAAUGGCUCAGAUGGCCGCUGGCAACCAUGGAAACGGCAGAUCCGUCCGUACAGCGCGGAGAAGCUGGUGAUCCCACUACCGAUUCCACAUCCGGCUCACAUAGCGGUAACCAUACACAAUCGCGAUUCAGAGAACCCGAUACCGCUCGACUCGGAGCUGUGUCAGAAUAUCCUGCGAGCCAUCGAAGAAUCACCCGGCGAGAUGGCGACGGAAUGUGUCAGUCGAUAUCGGGGGGGUGGCGGCGGUGAUUCCAGCUUCGAUUCGGUGGCAUCGCAAUCGUCCGACUCAGUCGGCACCGGUUUGGAUAAAGAGAACGAAGCGACGCAGGAGACCGCCGCGGUGAACACCGACAAGGAAGGCGAGACUUACCAUUGGACUCUGUCCAACUGGGGUGGUGGCAUAACGCGAAGACGCAACAACUCUGGAUCCAUAAAGGUCGACCUAGCAUCACCGGAAGACGUCACUCUCGACACAGAUACCACCAGAGUAAUGUUCAGCACAUAUGGAACAACCGUCUGAAUUAAGUCCGCCAUGUCAAGCAAACGUUAUCUCAUCGCGUAUUUGCGUAUUUAUAUCACGCAUAGAGAAAGCGCGACUUUGCAAAACACGAUCUUACAGAACAAUCUCUGCCAUCUAAGAUGACGUAAAGUGAUAUCGAAGUCGUUAUCGUUUACUCUCUUGAUUGGAAGCAAUGCGGAUUCUUGAUAGAUCUACAAAGUAACAUUUACUCGUACGUAGAUUCUCCAUCUUAAUCAAAAGCGUAAAUUCGAAGCAUUCAAAAAUACCAUCGAGGAAAGAACACGUUUACAAGUAUGAAUGUUUCUUCAAUUCCCAACGUCAAUCGUUUACCGCCCAUUUACAUUGCAACAAAAUGUAAAUGUCUAUUACAUCUUAAUUUUACGUAAAAUACUUCACUAUACGUAAAUAUUAUCGUUAAAUUUACUCGUUCGAUACAAAGAUUCGCAUAGACAGCUUUAAUUGUCGGACGGACAUUGAUGUAAUGAGAAAUAUUGCAUAAUCGAUACAAACUCACGAUUUUUAAGAAUAUUACGAAAAAGGAUCAUGAGAAGGAAUAAUAUUCCAAAUUUUAGUGUAAUAGGUAAGAUUAGUGGAGUCUCUCCUUAAUACAACAUUAAACACAGACAUGCGACAUUCGUAUUAAUAUAUUGUAUAUAGACUCAUUGUAUAAACUUGUUAAUGUAAUGUUACAUCAAAUACACUAUUUCCAUUAUUUACGAUAUGGUAACGGCGAGUCGCCGAUAAAAGAUAUGUAUGCUCAUAUGAUUAUGCUCUCUCUCAUUUAACAAUUGCAUAACGUGUAGAAGUAUUAUAUAGUCAUGCGCUUACGAUAAUUAUUUUACUCAAAACAAUUGUGGUAUCGCAAACUUCCAUCAUAUUAUAAAUGACGAAAAGGUAAUCGAUAUUGAUCACAUUUCUCGCGCGUUUAAUUUAAUACACGUGUACAGCGUAAAUUAAUAUUACACCAUGAUAUAAUUUAUUUCAUCGAGACGAGUGCGCUCUUACAUUUCGGUAUUUUUUAACGGUCUCGAUGUACAUUUUAUUUUACUAAUAAAACCACGAUAGGUGUUAUAUCCCAAUAUCGAAUUAAGAAACCGAAUUUGAAGGAUAGCAUGCGUUGCAAGUUACAAAAAAGACCAUAUUGAAUGUAAUUAACGACACUUUGUAGAUAUGACGCAAAAUAACGAGUUCCGAGAAUGUGCGAUACACCGAUUAACGCACAAACGAUGAAAUUAUUCAGAUUCAAUAAAAUUUACUGGAAAACAAAA